AUGGAUUCGGUGAUGGCAUUGGGGACUGCAAAGCCAGUGGUGAUCUUUACCAAGAACUCAUUAUGUUGCAUGAGCCACAGCAUUAAGACACUCAUAAGCAGCUAUGGGGCCAGUCCUACGGUCUAUGAGCUUGAUGAAAUGCCAAACGGAGAGCAAAUGGAAAAGGCCCUACCAAUACUAGGGUGUCCGAAUUUACCAGCGGUAUUCAUAGGUAAAAAGCUGGUGGGUGGGGCUCGUGAGAUAAUGAGCCUGCAAGUCAGGGGCGAGCUCUCUGAUCUGCUCAUAGAGGCAAAAGCUAUAUUUUUUUGGAACAAAAAAUAG